ACGCCCGACGCACCAGCACCUGCCUUCCCCCCGUCUUUUCCUUCCACCCUUCCUUCCUCCUCACCCACCACCAUCACCACACCCCCUGUUUCCUCUCGAUUGUUCGUUGCUUGCGUCGCCAGCCAGCCUCUUUCCUCCUCCCCCAUACCCGCCGAGUACCGCCCCACGCUGCCGCCACGCCAUCGUCAUCCGGGGGCGGCCACCCGGCCAAUCGCCAUUUCGCUCCGCCCGCCUCGCUUUUCCCUCCCCCCAACCACUCCCCCUCGUCCCCGCCUCCCGCGUCACCCGACCCCAAUCCGAUCCUAUCCCCCCACCGGCGCCGCCCGAGAUCCCGCCCCCAGGGUUCCGUCCCGUGUGAUGCGCGGAUCCGGCUGAGGGGCGAGCCAUGCCGAGCGUCGGCGUGAAGAUCUACAGCGUCUUCUUCAAGCUCUUCCUCCGCCACCGCCUCCAGUCGCUGGCCGCCGCCGCCGCCGCCGCGGGGGACAACCUCGACAGCGCGGCCUUCGGGGUCUCCUGCCGCCCCGACGAGGCCACCGCGCCGCCCAACCCGGCCUUCUCCGCCUCCGCCGACGGCGUCGCCUCCAAGGACCUCCACAUCGACCCCAACUCCUCGCUCUCCGUCCGCAUCUUCCUACCCACGCCCCCGCCGCCGACCCCGCACGCGCACCUCCUCGCGCACGCGCCCUCGCGCCGCGCCAGCGACCCCACACCGACUCCCCCCGCGCCCGCAGCCGGCGCGCCGUACCGCGGGUACCUCCCGCACGCCGUCGCCUCGCCGCGCGCCGCCGUGUCGGCGCGCCGGAGGCUGCCCAUCGUCGUGCAGUUCCACGGCGGCGGCUUCGUCACCGGGAGCAACACUGCCGCGGCCAACGACGCCUUCUGCAGGAGGGUCGCCAAGCUCUGCGAUGCCAUUGUCGUCGCAGUGGGGUACAGGCUUGCGCCAGAGAGCCGCUACCCUGCCGCGUUCGAGGACGGGGUCAAGGUGCUCAAGUGGAUCGCCAAGCAGGCCAAUCUCGCCAUGAUGACCAAGGUCGGGGGUGGUGUCGACACCUUUGGUGCAUCCACUGUUGAGCCGUGGAUUGCUGCACAUGGUGAUCCAGCUAGAUGUGUUCUACUUGGUGCAAGCUGUGGUGCAAAUAUUGCUGAUUAUGUCACUCGGAAGGUGGUUGAAGAUGGGAAACCGUUUGACCCAAUUAAGGUUGUUGCACAAGUACUGAUGUAUCCCUUUUUCAUAGGGAGUGUUCCGACACACUCGGAAAUAAGGCUUGCGAACUCAUACUUUUAUGACAAGUCCACAUGUUUACUUGCUUGGAGAUUAUUUUUGUCAGAGAAAGAGUUCAAUCUAGACCACCCUGCUGCGAACCCUCUGGCGCCUGGCAGAGGAGGGCCCCCACUGAAGUGCAUGCCGCCGACCUUGACAGUUAUUGCCGAGCAUGACUGGAUGAGGGAUCGAGCAAUUGCUUACUCUGAGGAACUCCGCAAGGUUAAUGUUGACUCGCCGGUUCUUGACUACAAGGAUACAGUUCACGAGUUUGCAACCCUGGAUGUGUUCCUAAAAACACCACAGGCACAGGCCUGUGCUGAGGAUAUUGCCAUAUGGAUGAAGAAAUAUAUCUCCCUCCGAGGGCAUGAGUUCUCAUAUUAGCUGUAGCAAAAAUCAUGCAUUGUGAAAUAGGCCCUUUACAGGGAAGCAUCAACGUGUUCUUUUCAACUGGUGGAAAGAGGGAUGUUGGAUUGCACUCAAGUAACCAGUUAGCUUAAUGUGAGUACUGAAUCCUUCAGUGAUUUUUUUGAAUGUAGUGUGCAAAGUUGUAGACUGUAAUCAAAAGAUACUCUUCGCCUUGUAGAGCUCAAUUCUUUCAUUCCUUUUGUGCCCUUUGUGUAUUAUGGAAUAACUGGUGCUUGAGGUUACCAUUUUUUGAGAAGAAAUAUCAGUCUCAGACUCUCAGUGGCCCAGUUGUGAAGCAUUGAGCAUUGAGCUCCACACAACAUGUAACCUGAUCGUUCAUAUAGUUCAUAUUAUAUCAGGGUGCAUCCUUUUUGCUGAA